AUGAGUAAGAGAUACUUACAGAAAGCAACAAAAGGAAAGCUGCUAAUAAUAAUAUUUAUUGUAACCUUGUGGGGGAAAGUUGUAUCCAGUGCAAACCAUCAUAAAGCUCACCAUGUUAAAACGGGCACUUGCGAGGUGGUGGCACUCCACAGAUGCUGUAAUAAGAACAAGAUAGAAGAGCGAUCACAGACAGUCAAGUGCUCCUGCUUCCCUGGGCAGGUGGCAGGCACCACGCGAGCUGCUCCAUCUUGUGUGGAUGCUUCAAUAGUGGAACAGAAAUGGUGGUGCCAUAUGCAGCCAUGUCUUGAGGGAGAGGAAUGUAAAGUUCUUCCGGAUCGGAAAGGAUGGAGCUGUUCCUCUGGGAAUAAAGUGAAAACAACUAGGAUUCAGGAAGCUUAUUAUUCUGAUCCAUUUUCUAUUUGUCCCACCAAGGGAGAAAAGGCAAAGAAUAGACAACCCCUGUUGGAAUAUCAGUAUUUUGCAGUCAUGUUCUUCAGUACCCCAAACACUUAA